CGUUCCUCGAAAAAUGCGAUGGCUAUUAGAAAGCAAUCCGCAAAAAGAGCAUUUGACAAUGAAGAGUACGAGGAUGAUGACGACUAUGACGACGAAUGCACUGAAACUGAGGUUGAGAGUGAAGAGGAAUUUUCACCCACUCGAAAACGGAAGCGAAAAGUCAAUCAACGCGUAAGAACCCCAAUCAGACCUUCAAAGCAUGCAGAAGUUACUACUCCUAGUACAGUAAGAGUAAAAUCGAUCUCGCGGAUCACACCGCUAGCGCUGCGCCUUCAGCCAACAGAUGAACCUCAAUCAUGUUAUGAUCGUGCCAGAUCAAUGUUGCGUUUAGAAGAAGUACCAGAAUUCUUGCCGUGUCGCGAGAAGGAAUAUAAAUUAAUUCACGACAAGAUAAAAUCGGCCAUCGAACAAUUUUCGGGACAUCGAAUAUGCAAACAAUUAACCUUUCGAAUAGUUAUCUCCGGUCAACCCGGCACGGGAAAAACCGCGACCGUACGACAAGUUGUGAGAAAUCUGCAAAAAAAAGUAGAAAAAAAGGAAUUGGUCUCCUUCAAAUUCAUCGAAAUCAAUGGAAUGGAACUGAGACCUCCCGAGAAGGCAUACACCGCAGUGUGGGAAAGAUUAACGGGAGAUCUUGUUUCAAUAAAGGACGCCGAAUCAUUAUUGAGUAAAAUUUUUAGCACACCGUCCAAACGAAGCCCAAUCAUACUAAUGAUAGAUGAAUUCGACUCUCUGGUCAAUAAGCAAAACAAAGUGAUUUAUAACUUCUUGAAUUGGACAACAUUGUUGAAUUCACACUUAAUAGUGGUUGCCUUGACGAAUCGGAUUGAUUUGCCAGUCACUAUGCUUUCUGUUAGUAGUGAUAGUCGGAUGGGUUUGGAUCGGUUCACUUUUGCGCCGUAUACGCACGCGGAAUUGACCACCAUCAUAAGGUCGCGACUUGAGGGGAUCAACUUAUUCACGAAUGAAGCUGUCGAGUUUGCUGCCAGGAAA